UUGGCCUCCAGCCGUGCGCUUGGCGCUGGCUGUCCUCAGGUUACCCCCCUCCCUCGGUAAACACACACACUUCCAGCUCCGCUUGUUGACGUUCAAAUCCAGCGGAGCAGCCGAGGCGAAGCGCUGCUGGCGGCGGCAGACAUGAGGCCUUCCCCCCGCCUGACGCCCCGGACGUGAGCAGAGCCGCGCGGGACGUAUGGAGACAGCUGGCGGCGCCCGGCGGACCCGCACGAGGAGCACACGAGGAGCCCGGCGCGCACGGCCAGCCGGGCCGCCAAGCGAUGAGCCCCCGCCGCCUGACAGCGCCAACGUGCUGCGGUGCCUGAGCGUGGGGAACACGGAGGACGACGCCAUGGAGGAGGACGCCGACCUGGCGAAGAAGAGGAGCGGAGGCCUGGAGCGGAGGGUCAUGGCGCCCCGCUACAACCUGCUGCGGGAGGUGGGCCGCGGCAGCUACGGCGUGGUGUACGAGGCGGUGGCGCGGAGGUCCGGCGCCCGGGUGGCGGUGAAGAAGCUGCGCUGCGACGCCCCGGAGAACGUGGAGCUCGCCCUGCAGGAGUUCUGGGCGCUGGCGAGCCUGGAGAAGCGGCACCAGAACGUGGUGCAGCUGGAGGAGUGUGUGCUGCAGAGGAACGGCAUGGCCCAGAAAAUGAGUCACGGCAACAAACGGUGCAAGCCGUACCUGCGUCUGGUGGAGACUUCCCUGAAAGGUGAGCGGGUGCUCAGUCCUCCAGACGAGCCCUGCUUCCUCUGGUUCGUCAUGGAGUUCUGCGAGGGCGGCGACCUCAACCAGUUUGUGCUGUCGCGGCGGCCCGACCCGCACACCAACCACAGCUUCAUGCUGCAGCUCACCAGCGCCGUGGCCUUCCUGCACGAGAACAGCAUCGUGCACCGGGACCUCAAGCCCGACAACAUCCUCAUCUCGGAGAAGUCGGGCGCCCCGGUGCUCAAGGUGGCGGACUUCGGCCUCAGCAAAGUCUGCGCCGGCCUGGGGAGCGGCGGCGGCGGCGGCGGCGGCGAGGGCGAGGACAAGGACAGACACAGAACAAACAUCAACAAGUUCUGGUUGUCGUCGGCCUGCGGCUCGGACUUCUUCAUGGCGCCCGAGGUGUGGGAGGGCCACUACACGGCCAAGGCCGACAUCUUCGCCCUGGGCAUCAUCAUCUGGGCCAUGCUGGAGAGGAUCACCUUCAUCGACGCCGAGUCGAAGCGGGAGCUGCUGGGGACGUACGUGCGGCUGGGCGCGGACAUCGUGCCGGUGGGCGAGGCGCUCCUGGAGAACCCAAAGAUGGUGCUGAGCAUCCCGCAGAAACGCAGGUCGUCCAUGUCGGACGGCGUGAGGAAGCUGCUGCAGGACAUGCUGGCCGUGAACCCUCAGGACCGGCCCGACGCCUUCCAGCUGCAGGCCAGGAUGGACCAGGUGACGUGUGCCACCUGACCCCGGGCGGCCGGACAGACUCGUGUGACUUCCUGGAGCUGCUACGUCGGUGCGAGUCUCUGAUCUGAAGACUGUGAACUGUGGAGACGAGCCUCGAGCAAAGGAAAGCACGGACUCUGGAGCGCCGGCUGGGUUUUUUCUUGGGUAUCGUUUACAGCUCACCUGCCGGGGGCGCCGCCACGGCAGGAUCCGGGAAACUUGGGGCCCAUUGUGAAAAUAACUGGAAUUCUCCUCCUUUAUUUACUCAAGUUCUGUUUUUAGCGGACUCUUAGUUUGCUCCGGUGGCCGUUCCUCCGCCUGUCAGCCAUAGCGAGGCUCCGGCCGCCGCCUCGCGCUCCUCACAACGUCAGGAGGCAGAGGGAAACACGUCUGAGCCCCCUGCUCCAAAUGUCAGAGGGGCAUCGCAAAGUAUAACCAAACUAGACGCACAGGUUUGUUUUUUUCUUUUUUUUUUUUUUUUUUUGUUGUUGUUGUUGUGGAGAGCAUGUCGAGACGCCUCCGCUGCUGCUCACACCUCAGGCUCCUUCAGUCUGCACCUCACCCUGUUCUCCUGUUGGUUUGGUUUCUCUUUUCUUUUUUUCUUUUUUGGCGCCGCCACGCUCGUUUAAAUGAGCUCCCCCCAGGUGAUCUUUUCAUUUCAUAUCAAAUAUUUGAUGGGGGGAGUUCAGAAGUACAGUAUCGGAUCAUAACACCAGUUUUCCGGUCACGGAAAAUACCUGGAAAAUUUGAAAACGGAUGAAAAUGUCCUGCAAAAUUCUGUUCUUGAGUUCGGCAGAGAUUAUCCACGUAUUCGGAUGUUUUCCUCGGCCUCACGUGACACAUUUUUAUGGCCCAUUCCUGGCUGAUCUAUGGAAGCCCUGACAGGUCAAAAACAUUUGCACCGUGCCAGCGUGUUUUUUUUUUUUUUUUUUUUUUUUUAAACUGUGCACCCUGCACCGUGCACACAUGGCGCGCCGACAACAUGUAGUUUGUUCCACACAGCAACGAUUUGGCCAUUUGUUCAAUUUUUUUAAAUCGUUCUGAGAUCAAAGACCGGCAGCGGCGUCACACGGGACGUUUCUAAGCCGCUGAAUCCGGGAACGGUCCCGGAAAACGGUUUCCUGAAACCGCGGGAAGCUCCGGUUGAUUUACAAUCCGACAGCUCAGCUGAAUCUCCGCCUGAAUCAAACCGGAGAGACCCUGGGUCAGAUUCACGGUUUUCUGUUUUCCCCUGUGGGUUUUAUUCGGCGCUCCGUCUGCAGUGAAAACAAAUCGGUGCCAAGAAAAGUGGAUUGAUCCUUCUUCUAAAUUUGCCCCCCGAAAAAAAAAAAAAAAAAAAACCUUCAUGCCGUCUCUCCUGUAAAUUCCCACGUGGCAGUUUUGACGGUUUGGAAUCAGACAUCAUUUUUAUUAUUAUUAUUAACAUUAUUUUUUCUGUGUUUGUGGGAUGUUUGGUGAACAAUACUACCUUUUAAAAAAAAAAAAAAAAAAAAACAUCAAUAAUAAAAAAAAUGUAAAAAUGGGAAAAA